UUUUUUGAUGAAUUGUUUCUGCAAUAUCUUUGAUUCUAGUUCGUGUUAUUCUGUUUAAUUAUUGUAUGCAAGUAUUCGGAGUUGCGUUUAUUCAUUCUGUGCGCUAUUCCCUUUUCUUCUUCCCGUUUCCAUUAGCAUUUUGGUAUUUACUUUUCAUAUUUUUGAGGUAAUUUUGUUUUUAUUGAUGUGUGAAAUUUUUGGCAUUAGGGAUUUGGUAGAGGGAUCUGCUUCUGAUAUUUGGAGGUUUGGAGGUGAAGGGUAAUUGAUUUUGGAGGUGAUUAGGAAGAUGGCUGAAGUUUUCGUAUGAUUCAAGGAUAGAAGGCUGAAUUUGUCAUCGGAAUUUGGAUAUCUGUCCUUGGGGUUUCUACUCUUAUGUAAAUCUUUGUUGUUUGCCGUUUUGGGUGUAUAAAUUGGUUGUUUUAUUUGUUUGUUUGUUGAGAAGGGUUUUGAUCGAGCUUGAGAUUUCGAAGUUUAGAUUUGGGAUUUCCUUAUUUGUACUACUGAUUGAGUAAAUAGGUAUUCUUGGUGUGAGAUUUUCUGUGGAAGUACAGGAAUGGGUGAAAGUUGGAAAAACUGAGUUCUUUUUGCUUCCUUUCCAGCCGUGUUGCGAGUGUUGCGAGCUUGAGAUCAAUGGAAACAAAGAAGGUGCCUAUAUUUGAAAUAGAAGGUGGGGCUCGAAGUGAAAUUGAAUGCAAAGGGUUAGACAUUGAGAAACAGAUCAAUAUGGAUGAACCUCAGUGUUCUGAGAUUGAAAUGAUGGAAAUGGAAACUGCUGAGACUGAGGUACCGAGGAUGUGCGAUGAGGGCAAACAUGGAUCUGAGCUUGUUUCCUUUAGUUCAAACAAGUGUGAGGGAGGAAGGCAUGAAAAUGUUGUUUUCUCAAGAGAAGCUCCUCUUGCCGUUAAGGAAGAUGUCAGCAUUAGCUCUUGUAGCUGUGGGGCUGAGAAACUGAAAUCCAGAUUGGCUGCUUCUGAUUCUCUUCCUGGGAAGAGUGGGAGGAAGCUCAGUCGGCAAGAUAGAAUUGAAUUAGGUCGGUUGUUUCAGGGUGCUGUGAGUUCCCAUGAUUGGGAGCUUGCUGAGAGUUUGAUCUUGUUGGCUGAUCCACAGACUUUAAAUGAUGCACUGUGCAUAGCUUUGGAUUCAAUCUGGUUUUUGAGCACACAACAAGAAUUAUAUGGAAUUACUGGAUUAAUCAAGAAAAUUAUUGGUAAUGGGGCAUAUGACUUCACCCGAGCAGCACUCAGGACUUCAUUUCUUGCUUCAUGUGUUUCUGCUUGCCAAAGUCGCACAAUGAGCCUUGCUGACACUGUUACUGUAAUGGCACAAAGGCUACAUGAAAGGCUUAAAGAAUGCAAUGGGGAUGAAGUCUUGAAGGCUGAAGCUGGCGCUAAAGUUCAGAAAUUUACUGAGUGGGCUCUUAAAUGUAUAAGUUUCCAUUCUCGCUGCCAGGGAAACAGGGACAGAGUAGGCCAUAAUUCUCCUGUUGAGAUUCAACUGCAGCUAUCUGCUUUCAAGACCUUCCUAGAUCUUGCAGGCAACCAUCUUACUGGGAAGGAUUUCACUGAAGCAUUUGAUGCAGCUUGCUUCCCACUUACUCUCUUCUCUAGCACAUUUGAUCCUGGAUGGGCAUCAGGUAUAUCAGCUACUGCAAUCCAAGGGUUACUGGGCAUGCUAAUCGAGGGGGGCGCAGACAAUGUUAACCAGUGUUUUUUGGAGGCUUCACGUUUUGGGAGUACUGAACUUGUUCGCAUUUUAUUGCAGAUUGCUCAAAGGAACAGCUUGGAUGUGGAUGUUGAUCUGGCCUUGGGCUUUGCUUCACAUUAUGGUAAAAUAGGCACUAUGGAAUGUUUAGUCGAAGAGGGCAAUGCUAUGGCUUUCUUGGGUCCCCUGAUGAGAGCUGCUGAGAGGGGCUGCAUGUCAGUUGUUCAGUGGUUCGUCCAAAGGGGUUGCCGAGACAUGGAGCUCUGUCUUGCCCUUACAGCUGCCACUUCAAGUAGUCAAGUAGGUGUAGCGUCAUAUCUGCUCCCUCACGUUCCUCAGCACGUUCUUGCUGCCCUGAGUAUCGAAAUACUCAAGGCAGCCGGUGAGCGAAGUGGAGGCUCUCUCGACGGGGUAGCAUUCCUCCUCCAGUCAGACUUUCUAGGGGACCCCGUGGCAACCUAUGCGGUUGCUGACAGCAUCGCCAGAUCAGAAGACGAGGGGAUCGCCCCGGAGUUGAGGGUUUUUCUCAAAGAACACUGGUCCGAUGUGGCUUUCUUGGAUGGACUAAGGGAAGGAGAGCUACACUUCUCGAACCUAGUCCAGAUUCUGAGAUGGGGCGAGUCGCCUGUUUGUUUGAGGGAUCUGCCAUCGCCUUUGAGGGUGGCGAUAGCGUACCUGCCUCUGUAUAGGGAGUGUGUGAAGGCGGGAGGGGGGCUGCUGUCGCAAAGGCAUCGGGGGCAGCUGGUGGAAGCGGCUAGGCGGCUGGAGGGGGUGGUCCUGGAUGAGCCUGGGCAAAGGAGAGAAUUGCUGGCAGUGAUAGAGCGUCAUCUACCUCCAUUUUUCAUCACUACUUGAGGUUGGAGAAAAUCAGUGGAUCUUUUCUCUCAGUGGUAUAGAAAAAUAAUGAAAUUUUAGACAUGCUUACGAUGUUAGGUAGCUUUUGUCCUAUUUAUUUUUUGCUCUUUAGAGGCUCUUUGUGUAAGAGAAGAGUGUAUGAAUGGCUGGAAAACCUGAUGAACUCGUGCAUUAUAUGCUGAUUUGCUCCCAAUUCAACCUUUA